GGCAGAAGCCAAGUCUAUCCUAGUGACGUCACAAUGCCCGGCUUACAACGCGGAUGUUUGUUUGAUCAGCUGGUGUAGGAGGAAGUAGGUGCCGGAGAGCCGCGUUUUGUCCUCGAGAGCCUUAGGAGACGUUUGAAACUGUCUGCUCAGAGGAAAGAGGGAGAAAAAGGUUGACGUAUUUGGACAAGCCAUGAAGUUUCAGUACAAGGAAGACCACCCUUUCGAGUACAGGAAAAAAGAAGGAGAGAAAAUCCGAAAGAAAUAUCCAGAUCGGGUGCCUGUUAUUGUGGAGAAAGCACCCAAAGCUAGAGUACCUGAUCUGGACAAGAGGAAGUAUCUUGUCCCAUCCGAUCUCACAGUUGGCCAAUUCUAUUUCUUGAUCCGAAAGCGAAUCCACCUGAGGCCAGAGGAUGCCCUGUUUUUCUUUGUCAACAACACCAUUCCUCCUACCAGUGCUACUAUGGGCCAGCUGUAUGAAGAUAACCAUGAAGAAGAUUAUUUUCUCUAUGUGGCUUACAGUGAUGAAAGUGUGUAUGGCAAGUGAGCCCCUUCACUGCUGGCCUCACGGAUGCGAUGGGCUGAAAGGACUGUUGUGAGAGGGAGUUUGCAUCGGACAGAAGCAAGAAAAGGGAGGAAGAACUGGACAACAAACCACAUACUUCAUGCAAUCAUUACCUGCACCUUUAUUUUAAUUUAAUAUUACUAUUUUAUUUAAUAGUUGUGGGGAAAAUAGUUGGUGCUUUUGUAACCGAGAGAUCCUUUUGUCGAGUUCCCUCACCUUCUGUUGGGCUAACUAGCACUUCCAUGAAUGCCAAGUGAGGGGAGAGGGAGAAUAUGUGAGUGGGUUACCUAGUGAUCUUAUCAAUGUAUUUCCCUGUCAGAACUGUCAAAGAAAACCGUGGCUCUCCCCAUAGCAGUUAAUUUUUAAUUUGUCUAAUUUUCAGACAAAGUUCAGAUGAACUUUGAAUAAUUCCAGUUGUAGCGCAUGUUUGAGUUCAUCUAUGGCUGUUAUAUUUGGAGCACUGAGAGAGAAAUCCCCCGCCAUGCUUGAAGAAGGCAUAACAAAUUCCUGUUUUCUGAACUGUUUCUGCCCACCCUUUGCCCUUCUUUCCCUGGCCCUGACCCCAAUGGCAUAUGCGUGCGGCACUCGCCCCCCCCUCCUCACGUGUAGUAGUUUUGAUUGAAUCCAUAUAUUACACUAGCAGCCUGUUCACCACUUGUAAGCAGAACCAUGUAGAUGAGAUUCGGUAUGGGAAAACUGUGGCUUCCUAAGUGGUUCAGUGAACUUAAACAAUAGCAGCAUACCACUUUGAGGGUAUAACCUAUGAAUUGGGCUUUAGACAUCCAUCAUAUAAUGCAUUCCCACAAACUGCACAAGUGUUUUGUGAUGUUACGUGUCUUUGGUGCUCAGUAAAAGGCUGUUCUCUGUCAGGUCACUGCUGCGCUAUUUGAAACCUGUACUAUGUUGCUCUCAAUUCAAUAUGGAAAACAAAAAAACAAUCUUGGCGUUCACUUUCACCCCACAGCCUUGCCCUAAGCAUAAAUUCUACAGUCCUUUUAUGAAAAGCAUGAUCCUUUUUAAGGGUAAUGCCUCCUUGACAUACUCUUUAAUACUAAAAGCCUAAGGAACGUCUUGCCCAAAGUAGGUCUUUACGCUGCAGUGCAAAAGCAGUUCUUUGUGACAGUGGCCUUCCACGCUCUUUACACUGGUUGUUCUGAAGUUGAGAGGUCAUGCUGAAAUUUGGGUAAUUUUAUAAAUGAGUAAGUAAAUGUUUUACUUACUCUUAAUAGACUUUGUAGUUUUGUAGCAACUGAGACUAUUUAGAAGAGAGAUGUAAAAAUGAAACAAGGUGGGAAGUACAUAAUCUGAGCCCACUAAAAAAAGGUAAGUGCUGGAGAGGGAGAACCAAAAGUCUGUCUGUGGAAUCCUGAACUCUUUAAGCGGCGCUUGUUCUUGAGAAGUAUCUGGAAAUUGAUAAUGUGUUGGCCUCUUCCUGUUUGAAUUCCCUUGUUCAUAGUUUUGAGGUGUCAUUCCUAAAUAGUAUUUUGGAUAGCAAGGGAUCCAGUGGAGCAGAACUGCAUUAAGUGAUAUAGGAGAGUCAAACAUACAUUGAAACUGAGGGACACCUGCAGAGCUGGGCCAGGAAAGUGGGCUUGAGGACACAAAUAGCAGGAAGCAUGCCAAUUAGUUUUGCUAACUGGAUGCACCUUUAGUGGUGAGACUGGUUCUGCUUAGGAUACUAAAUUCCAAUUUAUUCCACUUCCCUUUUUUCCAGCCUCCCUGUUUUUCAGAGUAUCUUCAAGAGUCACAUUUCAAAACCUCUCAAGUAUGGCAAGUCCAGAACCUCCCAUGUGAGUCAAGGCAUGCCUGGGAUUCCAGUGCAUAUGAGUGCUCACCUGUAUAUUCUCUUACUUGCCAACACUCAGUGGAGAUGCAAUAGAUGCUGAAAGAGACCCUGAUUUACCCCCUAUGCUGCUGCUUAUUGUUAAGAUAUGUUCAUGGGGUUUCAACAUAGCUGUUUGUUGCAUAUGAAGGAUUAGGUUUACAAAUUUUAUUUUAAAUGGAUUGUGGCAUUUACUUUUCAUGUUUUGCUUUUCUCCAGUUUGUAAAAUGCAGUGUUGAUUAUUCUUUGUCAUUAAUUCCAGUCAGCUUCAGAUUCUUGUAAAAUGAAAAUUCAUGUUACAUCAGCUCAAUCAAUAAACACGUACUUGAAAAUCUGA